AUGUCGGCGACGGAGGCUAGCGGCGGCGGCGGCGGCGUCAUCAGGACGGUGACGCUCCGCGGCUACGACGGCGCGCGGGUGCGGGCGCCGGCGGGGACCAUGGCGGCGGCGUCGGCCACGGCGAAGGCGAGGCUCGACGAGGCGGCCCGCCGCGCCGGCGCCGGCGUGCUCCCCGGCGACGUCCUGAUCAACGUCCCCGACGUCGACCGCCCCGUCCUCGCGCGCGUCGCCGACUACUGCGACCGCCACUACGGCGGGGGCGACGCCUUCAACGCGCCGGCCGGGUACGGGUUCGACGACCCGCUGCAGGUGUUCGACGACGAACUGAUGGCCGGCGCCGGGGUCGACACGCUGGUGGACCUCCUCCGCGCCGCCACGUUCCUCCGCGUCGCGAAGCUGGUCGACCUGGCGGCGCGCGAGGUGGCCCGGCGCAUGCGGGGCAAGACGGUGGAGGAGACCCGCGCCUUGUUCGGGAUCAGGAGCGAUUACACCAAGCAAGAAGUGGAGGAUAUCCGGAACGAGAUAUCUUGGGCAUUUUAUACAUGCCACGACGACUGA